AUGGCACAAGGGAUUCAACGUGAUCAAGCAAAAUUCUGCUGUUCCAUCUGUCUGGAUCUACUGAAGGAUCCGGUGACUAUUCCCUGUGGACACAGCUACUGCAUGAGCUGUAUUAAAAACCACUGGGAUGAAGAGGAUGGAAGGAAAAUCCACAGCUGUCCUCAGUGUAGGAAGGUCUUCAUACCGAGACCUGUCCUGGUGAAAAGCACUGUGUUGGCAGAUUUAGUGGAGGAGCUGAAGAAGACUGGACUCCAAGCUGCUCCUGCUGAUCACUGCUAUGCUGGACCUGAAGAUGUGGCCUGUGAUUUCUGCACUGGGAGGAAACUGAAAGCUGUCAGAUCCUGUUUGGUGUGUCUGGUCUCUUACUGUGAGAAACACCUCCAGCCUCACUAUGAUGUACCUCAGUUAAAGAAACACAAGCUGGUGGAGCCCUCUGAGAAGCUCCAGGAGAACAUCUGCUCUCGUCAUGAUGAGGUGAUGAAGAUGUUCUGCCGCACUGAUCAGCAGUGUAUCUGUUAUCUCUGCUCUGUGGAUGAACAUAAAGACCACGACACAGUCUCAGCUGCAGCAGAAAGGACUGAGAGGCAGAGAGAGCUGGAGCUGAGUCGACAACAAAUCCAGCAGAGAAUCCAGGACAGAGAGAAAGAUGUGGAGCUGCUUCAACAGCAGCUGGAGGCUAUCAAUGGCUCUGCUGAUAAAGCAGUGGAGGACAGUGAGAAGAUCUUCACUGAGCUGAUUCGUCUCAUGGAGGAAAGAAGCUCUGAUGUGAAGCAGCAGAUCAGAUCCCAGCAGGAAAGUGAAGUGAGUGCAGUCAAAGAGCUUCAGGAGAAGCUGGAGCAGGAGAUCACUGAGCUGAAGAGGAAAGAUGCUGAGCUGAACAAGCUCUCACACACACAGGAUCACACCCACUUUUUAUUAAAUUAUUCAUUGUCAUAUCUCCAUCAAUCUAAGGACCUACCCAGCGCCAACGUCGGCCGUCUGUGGUUCUUUGAGAAGAUUAUGGAGUCUGUGUCAGAGGCCAGAGAUAAACUACAGGAGGUUCUCUGUGAAGAAUAUGCAAAGAACUCAAUGACAGUGUCUGAGGCGGAUAUUUUAAAAUCAAAUUCAGAAGCAGAGCCCAAGACCAGAGCUGACUUCUUACUCUAUGGAUCCCAAAUCACACUGGAUCCGAACACUGCAAACACACAUCUGUCAUUGUCUAAGGGCAACAGAAAGGCAGCAUUUAUGAGAGAAGAACAAAAAUAUUCUCUUCAUCCAGAAAGGUUUGCAUAUUCCUGGCAGGUCCUGAGCAGAGAGAGUCUGACUGGACGUUGUUACUGGGAAGUGGAGACGAUCGGAAGAGGGGUGUUAGUUGCAGUUGCGUACAAGAACAUCAACCGAGCCGGGGUCUUCAGUGAAUGUGUCUUUGGACACAGUGAGAAGUCUUGGGCGUUAGAUUGUUACAAAAAUAGCUGCGAAUUCAGGCAUAACAACGUAAAAUCUCUCAUCCCAGGCACGUGGUCCUCCAGAGUAGGAGUGUACCUGGAUCACAGUGCAGGUAUUCUGUCCUUCUACAGCGUCUCUGAAACCAUGACUCUCCUCCACAGAGUCCAGACCACAUUCACUCAGCCUCUCUAUGCUGGACUCUGGCUUUCAGAUGGAGCCACUGCUGAGGUUUGCAAGCUCAGAUAAACGGGAGUUAUUGAAAAACCCUUUGGGUACGAGGUGUUCUUUGUUACCUUCUGCCUGUUUCAGGAUAUCUGCAUGAGCUUCACUUUAUUUUAUGAUCCUGUUACUAUGAACCACGGACUUUGGCUUUCAGUGAGAAUUUAAAAGCUCAGUUUUUAACCUGUGUGAAUAUUCAUUCAUUCUUUGUUUAUAUUCAUCAAAUUGUUUCUGAACAUCUUGAAUUCGAUGCUUGACUGUAGACAUGUUUUUGCUUCCUGGCACGAGCAGUGGAUUGGAAAUUAAUUGAUUGGCACUGUUCCAGUGGAAUUUUGUUUUGUUUGAAAUUAUUAGGAAACAACGGACCCAUAGUCCAUCUACACUCUCAGACUAACCUGGCCAACUCACUGAUGCUUUUUUGUUUUUGUUUUUUUGAACUUUUUUUGGAUUUCGUCUGUUUGAAUAUCCACACUUUGGGCCUGACUUGUCGUACUGUAUAGAGGAUGCCAUGCCGCUCUCUGGUUUGAUUUUGAUUGGCAGUUCACAUUCAGAAUCAGUGAUGCACUGACUGAACAGUCGUCACUGAGCUGGCACUAACACUCAUGACGUAUCAUUCUUAUCUAACAGGAAAAACAAACUUUAGGACCAGCUGCUUUUUUACGGUACUUUCCAGUCAUGAUGAAAGUGUUGCUGCAGACAUUUUAAACCGCUGGAUCGUGUCAGUAAUGACCAGCUAACUGUCUGUUGCCUGUUCUAAAUGUAAUAGAAGGAAUAAUGAACACAAUCCUGUGGUGGUACAGUAGAUUGACGUGUUUUGUGGGUGGUUCCACUCCUGAUCGAUCCACCCGUUUGGCUCAGUCCGGCCAUAAAUCCUUCCUUUAUCAAAAUUAUUACGAUCCGUUUUUUUUGUGACCACACAGUUUCAUAAAACACUCACACAUUAAACAUCCACGUUUGGUGACACAGAAGUGUUUCAUCAGUACUUGGGCAAUGAAACGGAGGUUUCAGAAAGGCGGGGUGUUCAUCUGUCCUGCUCCCACGCCACGGUUUUUAUGGAGUGAGUAAAACAGAAUUAUGAUUACACUCUCUCACUUGCCAGCAACCACAACCCCCCCGAUUAUAAUUUCCAUUAUGCUUUCAGCCGACUCAGUUCAGUACCAAACUCAGACUCUCACUAAUACUGCUCCGAUCUUCUACUGACCGCUGGAGAAGCUCUGUGUCUUUGCCCGGUUUGGUUUGAUUUGUAUGUGAAUCUCGAACGUGAUUCACAUCCUUCAGUUCAGAUGCUGUACUGGCACUGACAGGACACGCUGCCCUUCCUAAACGUGACAGUGCAGACGACCGAGUGCCCAAACCUGUUUGCUGUCAGUCCCGGUGCUGUCAUGUUUACAGCCCUCGGUUUGUUUGUAGUAAGUCAGUGUGAACCCACAAAGGGCCGGGACUACAUCCUGGUUAGAAGAGAAUCCAACAGGCAUAACCCAGAUGAGAUCAACCAACCUCAGUCUUACACUGUUCGGCAUUUAUGUGCAUUCCCUCUGAGAGUACUGCUGCACAGUUCAUCUCUUAUUCAGAGCAGGCUGCGAGCCAUGUAGUGUGAACUUUUUUAAUGAUUAAUUCAGGCCUUUGUUAGCGUUUCUUCGCUGUCUUUGAUCCGGGAACGCUCUACAAACCUUAAAUUAUACACCACGAACAGCCCAGAGUCUGUAAAGUGGAAAUAAAAUUUGGUUCUUCAUGUUUCCAAAAUAUUUACACUGUUGGGAAAACUUUCACAGGAUUGGAAGAUAUUUUUAUUUGUUUAUUUUAUUUUAUUUGUAUGUUUAAAUUUUAGUUCCAUCGCUCAUCAUGUGAAUGUUUGAUCCUUCAGCUGUUAUUUCCCUUCAUAUACAUUUAUAUGGAAAUCUGCUCGUUCUGUACAUCUCUGGUUUUCAUUUAUAAACUGAAUUUAUUAUUAAGUUAUUUGUUCAAAUGUUUUAUGAUAUUGUGUGAAUAUGAGCACACGCUAUGGUGUCCUGUGCUGUAUAUAUUAUA